AUGUCAAUUUUUAAUGAGUUGCUACCAAAAAUCAGUGAGAUAUCUAAUGCAAUUACAAAAAACUUCAAUGAUGACCUUAAGGCCGCGUUUGAUUGUUUUGAUAAAUUCGAGGAGGAGUUUCAAAAUGGACGAGGCAAGGCGCGGGAGAAAGGACAAAAAGAUAAAAAUCCUAUGACGACCCUUCAAAGCAUUAAUGAGGACGAUGAUGAAGCAACAAAAGUAUCCGAUACAGACUCAACCAAAAGACAAUCAAACAAUAAAUCAAGUGACAACACAAGCACAUGCAGCUCAGCUGACAGCAACACGGACAAACCACGACGGGCAUCUAAGAAACGCAGUAAGAAUGAAGUGGACGGUAUGUCCAGCCCAGAGCAGGAUAAAAGACAGAAGAGAAACGCUUCUGUCAAAGCACAAGGCUUUAUUAGUAAACAGGUGAACGUGAACUUAAAUCAAAAGCUACGUCGCGAGGAGCCUGAAAAGAAAUCAACAUCUUCAAGACGUCGCAAGGAAGAUGACAAGGAGAAUACUGAGCCACUGCUCAAUAUUGAGAUCAAACAAGAGAAGAUAUCACUACCGUCAGACCCAGAGUCUAUGGAAAUGGAGUCUCUGCCAAUCAAUGUUGAAGUUAAACAAGAACUAAGUAAAGAUGAAAUUGCGAUGCCACCACCUGUCGCGCCAGUUCCUAAAACAAGAGCGAAGGCGGCGCCUAAAGAGAAAGUAUUGGAUGAAAGUAGUGAGGAGGAGUCCUCAAGCCGGAGGAGAACAACCAGAACCAGAAAACAGACACACAACCAGGACACAGCCCCUGUUCCCGCGCCGCGAUCGACUCGAGCGAGUUCACGAGCCACGAAGCAAGCUGAACCGGAAGAACCCGCGCCACCUCCGCCUGACGCCAGACCCAAGCGGACCAGGGCUAAGAAGAAAGUGUCUGAUGUGGCACCGGAAUCGGAACAGGCAACAGAACCGAUACCGUCAGCAAAUGUAUUGGCAUCUCCUGGUGAGAAACCAAGACCUAAAAGAACAAGAAGAGCUCAAAAAGCCGCAGAAAAGACUGAAGAGAAGCCAGAGCCAGUGAUAUCACCCAAAAAAGAACACGUAUCACAGGACCAAGUGUCAUCGCCAAUUAUAUCUCAACCAACAAAAGAAACUAAGAAGCAAACAGAUAAAGACAAAGUGAACCCAAUUUCUCAAACCAUACGGUCCAGUAUCGAGGAGACCGACGCUUUAGAUAAGACGAGAGUGUUGGCCAACGCUAACAAUAUGGAUACAACUGUGGUUGUGCCCAACGCACUGUACAACCAUGCGCCGGUCACGCCCACUAACGUCCGCCAUAUGAACGAGACGGUGGUCAUAGAAGCAGCCACCAGAGAAACCAUGGUGCUGGAUAAACCACAGAAUGCUCUAAUGGAUGCCACUGUUGUGUUGGAUAAAGAGCCGAGACCAGAGAACGUAACGGACGAUAACUCGUUGCUGACAGACGACAGCGACUCUGCGGAGUUGCACACCCCUCCCAAACAGGAACCACCCAAAAUGCAACCCACAUCUGCUGUCAAAGAGAAAGUUCAACAAUUCGAAGAGAUGGCGUCCAGAGUGACCAGAACGAAAACGAGAGCUAUGGCUAAAAAGGAGGAGGACACUGAGACCUACACACCGCCAGAUAAGAUCGUGAAGCCAGUGUUAUCAGCUGAGACUCUCGCCAAGAUGAAUAGCAUGAUAUUUAAUGGGAAGCAGAUAUCAAGUUCAGCUACAAAGCCUCGGUCCAACAUUCCAACCGCUAAGCCAGUUUCGGCGUCUGCUUCUAAACUGAGCGGAAUCAACAAGGCGAGAGAGGAGGCUGAAGCCAAGAGGGAGAAAGAAGAUGCCAGAAAAAAGAAGGAAGCUAUGCUCGAGGCUAAACGGGAAUUGCAUAAGAGAAAGCGCGAAGAAAAGAUGGCUGCUGCAGCUGCGGCGAGAGAGGCGGCUGAGAGGGAGCGGAAGGCCAAUAUGGAGGCCGCCAUCAGGGAUCGGAUGGAGAAGCAGGCUCACGCCGACCUCGGGAAACUCGAGAGGCUCAAGGAGGCUGAGAGGAAAAAGCAAGAAUUAGCCCGCAAAGUGGCAGGAACAGAAGAACGUCGUCGUGCUGAGGAGCAGGCUCGGCAACAGCGGCUCGCUGAGGAGCAGAGGAGAGCUGAUGAAGCUAGAAAGAAACAGUUGGAAGAGGCUGCUGCUAUGAAGAAAGAAGCAGCGAUAAUGGCAAAGGAAAUUGAGAAAAGACAGAAGGAGUAUAUUGAAAAACAGAAGCUUAAACAGAGAAUGGAAGAAAAAAGUCACACGCCGCUGAAGGGUGCGGGCGGCGCCUGGCACGGGUCUGCGCUGGAGCCCGUCCACAUGGCCGACGGCUUCCAGUACCUCAACAGCGACGAGGACGAAGAACCCGUCGAGCGCCCAGUGCCUGACUGGAGCACCUACAAGGCUCGCAAAAAGCAACUGUUCAUCCAAAGCCAAGUGUCGAACGCGCACGUUUAUAGAUUAUUCAGCGUGAGAGUGCACUCUCCGGACCUCCGCGACAUCUUCCCCAACAUCGACCGAUCUCGCCUCAAGCGGACCUCCUCUGCCGUGUGGCGCACUCCUCCCGCCAGACUCGCCGCCGUCACUGAGUGA